GCUUUUGGGAGAGUAAAAAAGAAGCGCAGUCCAUGCCCACCGCAAGGACCAAGGGUAGCAAACUACCCUGGACAAAAACAGAAUAUAUGUUUAAAUGAUGGUCUGAUGCACUUUUGGGAAUAAUACUGGACAUCUUGGUUGAAGGUUGCAGAGAGAAAUGGCUGUUCAGGCAGCCAUCAUGAACUCGCAGUUUCUAAACUUCUGUUUCCCUGGUUCUGUUAUGGAGUACGAGGUGGAGAAGGGCUUGGACGGGAGUCUCCUUGGUGAAGCUGACUGCGAGGAUGACUUUAGGGAGACUACCAGGGACUUGCUCAGCUUCAUCGACUCUGCUUCUAGCAACAUCAAACUGGCUCUGGACAAGCCUGUCAAGUCCAAAAGGAAGGUGAACCAUCGCAAGUACCUCCAGAAGCAGAUCAAGAGAUGCACAGGGAUCAUUGCCUCUGGCAAUGCAGCGACUCAAGAGCCUUGCAAGGGACAAGAUUCACCACAGGCUCCAACCAGCACCCUGCAGAGCAAAACACCAACUAAACGGGAUGGGUCCCAGGCCAACUUGCAGAGCAAGAGUCUGGCCGCCCUCUUUAACCCUGCCAAGGACUUGCGGGGAGAAAGGGCCAAAAAGCCCCCGCUGAGACACCGAAACCUGCCCCCAUCCUUUUUCACAGAACCAGCCAACAGCUCCAGAGUUACAUCAACUUCCGGCAUGUCCCUCAAAGACCUAGAGCGCGGAAAUCCGGAUGCAGCGGAGUUCUUUGAGCUUCUGGGACCUGACUACAGCAACAUGGUCAGUGAACAGGAGCUCUUCCAGAGUACUCCCAUCAGGGUCCAGCAGGAGGGAACUGGAGGCCCUGAGCCAGGCUCAUUUGACUCACACCCUUUUGUGACAGGAGGUUUCCUGUAUGCAGAGCCUUGGGACACAAGCAGCAAUGUAGCCAAAAAAACAGGGGACAUGAGGACAGUGCCAGGGCAGCCGCAUCUAUAUGGUAACACAGACUCAUCUGGCCCAGUUCAGGUGGAGCAGAGUUCUCCAUGCGCGUUGACCUUCCCAAACUUCUUUACAGACUGCUCUGUCUCUCAGGUCUCAUAUGAUCUGGCUAGUGGAUACAGCCGAGGUAGUUUUCCAACACUUUAGAUUGAAGGAACUUUCCAUCUUUUGGAAGAACUUUUCAUUGGAAAGAACUUUUCUUAUGGAAAGACAGCAGUCUGGAAACAAGAAAUUAGCUGUUCAUCUGUAAUUAUCAAUUGACAAGGAAUAUUUUGCUUAACUUUGAGUUAUGUGGUCAAAUAUUUGCCUCAGAACUUACAGAGACAGGAUCUUGCUUGGUGUUGUGGAAUCUACAAGAUCAAUUUUCAAUGUUAAAGUUAUUUCAGCCCAUAUGUGUGAAACAGGCACAGCACUAAUAGCCAAUUAAAUUUUUUUAAGUAUUUUCACUGUGGAAUUUAUUUUCAAAUUGGAAAAAGUGGGGGAUUGUUUUAGAACAUUAUCUCAGGGUCUUAUUUUGCUUGUUUGUGUCAAAAAUAAUCACAGCCAUAUAGGUCUGUAGACAAAAAAGAGGAAUCACUUUUUAAAGAAAGUAAUCACUUUUAACUUGUACAAUCUAUUGUCCUACGUUUUGAAAUAUAUAUGUAUUUGGGUCAGAGAUGUUUGUUGAUUUCAGAAGGAUGAGUGUUUAUAUUCAUCUUUUAAAGUUGCAGGUGCUCAUAUAUCAUAGAAAGGAGGAAUUUGUGGAAUAUAUAUUCAUUAUUAUCAUUCAUCAUUAAAAAGCACUAGAAGAGUAGAAGCAUUAUGACAGGGACCACAAAAUUUUUUUGGCUUUUCACGCCAGUCUAACUUUGGUUUGGAAUAGAAGCUGAUUAUUGAAACUAGACAUUUCCAAUUCCAGUGGAAAACAGCAAACCCACAAAGUAAACAAUUCUAAUGGCUAGCUGCGCAUUUUAGCUGUUGUUCCUACUUUUAAGUGAGAGGUGCCUUGAAUGAUGACCAUAUUAGGUGCUGCAAUCACUGACUGCUUUUCAAGUAGUUUUGUUGUAAAUAACUUAAAACUGUCAGCAGGGGCAAUAUUCAAGUAGUCUGAUGUUUGUAUUUUAGGUACUGACACUUGAUUGCUGUUUUGCUGUAUAGUAGAUUGUUCACUUGAUUUAUAUAGUUGAAUCAAUGUGUAUGUAGACUUGACCGUAAGGGAAGAAAGCUGAGAACAUCCUGCUUAUUUGUAAUGUAAUAAGGCACAAUAAAGCUGGUCUUUAUUUCUGUCA